AAUGGCAGCAGGAUGUGCCCAGGAGAGGCAGCUUCAGACUCGGGAAUCGUGUGAAUCUUAGAGUGUCUGGGAGCAGACGGCCAGGGCCCACUGCCAGGCACAGGUGAGGGGCACAGGCUGGCGGGCGUGUCCUUGUUCCAGCUUGGGAAAGCUCCAGGGUCUGAAGGGCGCGGUCCAGUCAGGCGCCUGCUGGGCGAGGGAUGCUGCCCCGCCCCGGGAGGGCGGGCCGGGAAGAAGUGUACUAGAAGUGCACCAGCCGCCGCCCAACUUGCUAACAGCUAGCGGAGCGACGGGCGGAGCACUGACCAGAAUUUUCAAGAGAAACAUUAUUUAACAUCGGAGAUUUGGCCUUCAGAUUUAAGAGCUUAACGAAAAUGGCAGACAGUUUUUCGCUUAAUGAUGCCUUAGCUGGCCCUGGAAACCCAAACCCUCAAGGAUGGCCCGGUGCAUGGGGGAACCAGCCUGGGGCAGGGGGUUACCCAGGGGCUGCCUAUCCUGGGGCCUACCCGGGACAGGCUCCUCCAGGAGCUUAUCCUGGACAGGCUCCUCCUGGUGCGUACCCUGGCCCAACUGCCCCUGGAGCUUACCCUGGCCCAACUGCCCCUGGAGCUUACCCUGGUCCAACUGCCCCUGGAGCUUACCCUGGACCUCCUGCACCUGGAGCCUUGCCAGGGCAACCUGGAGGACCCGGAGCCUACCCUAGUGCUCCUGGGGCCUAUCCUGCUGCUGGCCCCUUUGGUGCCCCUACUGGAUCACUGACCGUGCCCUAUCACCUGCCCUUGCCUGGAGGAGUCACGCCUCGCAUGCUGAUCACCAUCAUGGGCGCAGUGAACCCCAACGCAAACAAGUUUAUUCUAAAUUUCAAGAAAGGGAAUGACGUUGCCUUCCACUUUAACCCCCGCUUCAACGAGAACAACAAGAGGGUCAUUGUGUGCAACACCCAAGAGCAUAACAACUGGGGACGGGAAGAAAGACAGUCAGCUUUCCCAUUUCAGAGUGGCCAACCAUUCAAAAUCCAAGUGCUGGUUGAACCCGACCAUUUCAAGGUUGCAGUCAACGAUGCUCACUUGCUGCAGUACAACCAUCGGAUGAAAAAUCUCAGGGAAAUCAACCAAAUGGAAAUUUCUGGUGAUGUAACCCUUACCAGUGUUUCACCAACCAUGAUCUAAUCCAGAAGGGGCAGCGUGUGGGCGCGAAGCCGGAGUUAAGUGUUACACAUUGAAGGCUCCGUGCUGAUGAUGAGUGGAAAAUCUAACAUUUAUUCCUUCUUAUCCUUCUUGUAAGGCAUCCAUUUAAUAAAUAUUUUCGU